UGGGUGGACCCACAGCCCAGUACCCAGACCCUUCCACCCAAAUAUUCAGUGCAUCACAGCACAGCCGUGGGACAAAGAGAGAAACGAAGAAACAAAACUGGAAAGAGGCAGCAGGUGAAUAGACAUGCCAAGCAAGAUCUCUUGGGGAACUGAUGCUGCUACCAGUUUCCUACGUGCUGCCCGCUCAGGUAACCUGGAAAAGGCUCUGGACCACAUCAAGAAUGGUGUCGAUAUCAACACAGCCAAUCAGAAUGGACUCAAUGGGUUACAUUUGGCCUCAAAAGAAGGCCAUGUUAAAAUGGUGCUGGAACUAUUGCACAAUGGAAUUGUACUGGAGACCACAACAAAGAAAGGCAACACUGCCCUCCACAUUGCUGCACUGGCGGGACAAGAGCAAGUAGUCACAGAGCUGGUUAACUAUGGAGCUAAUGUCAAUGCCCAGUCACAGAAGGGCUUCACUCCACUCUACAUGGCAGCACAAGAGAAUCAUCUAGAGGUGGUGAAGUUCCUCUUGGACAAUGGAGCCAAUCAGAGCAUUCCAACGGAGGAUGGCUUUACUCCUUUAGCUGUGGCUCUUCAGCAGGGUCACGAAAAUGUGGUGGCCUUGCUUAUUAAUCAUGGUACCAAGGGAAAGGUUCGCCUCCCUGCGUUGCAUAUAGCAGCACGUAACGAUGACACACGCACUGCCGCUGUACUUUUGCAGAAUGAUCCCAAUCCUGAUGUACUAAGCAAGACAGGCUUCACACCACUCCAUAUUGCAGCACACUAUGAGAACGUAAAUAUUGCCCAGCUGCUGAUAAACAGAGGGGCCAAUGUGAACUUUACCCCCAAGAAUGGGAUUACACCUCUCCACAUUGCCUCAAGGAGAGGGAAUGUGGUCAUGGUCAGGCUUCUGCUGGACCGUGGAGCAACAAUUGAUGCCAAGACUAAAGAUGAGCUGACUCCGCUUCACUGUGCUGCCAGAAAUGGUCAUGUUAGAAUCAUUGAGAUUCUCCUAGACCAAGGAGCCCCUAUACAGGCCAAGACCAAAAAUGGUCUCUCCCCAAUCCAUAUGGCGGCUCAGGGUGACCACAUGGAUUGUGUGAGACAGCUCUUGCAGCAUAAUGCUGAGAUUGAUGAUAUAACACUAGACCACCUGACCCCCCUACAUGUGGCAGCACACUGUGGGCACCACCGCAUGGCCAAAGUGCUGCUGGACAAAGGAGCCAAGCCAAACACCCGUGCACUGAAUGGCUUCACACCUCUUCACAUAGCCUGUAAGAAGAAUCACAUUCGUGUAAUGGACCUCCUCCUGAAACACUCAGCAUCCUUGGAAGCUGUGACAGAGUCUGGGCUAACCCCACUUCAUGUGGCUUCCUUCAUGGGUCAUCUGAACAUUGUAAAGAUCCUGCUACAAAAAGGAGCCUCUCCAAAUGCAUCAAAUGUGAAAGUGGAAACGCCUCUGCACAUGGUAUCCCGAGCAGGUCACUGUGAAGUUGCAGAGUUUCUGCUGCAAAAUGCAGCUCCAGUUGAUGCCAAAGCUAAGGACGACCAGACUCCAUUGCACUGCGCUGCCCGCAUGGGCCACAAAGAACUAGUGAAGCUCCUGCUGGAGCACAAGGCCAAUCCAAAUUCUACCACCAUGGCUGGACACACCCCACUCCACAUUGCUGCCAGGGAGGGGCACACACAGACUGCCCAGAUCCUCCUUGACAUGAAUGCCCAGCAGACCAAGAUGACAAAAAAAGGCUUUACUCCUCUACAUAUGGCAGCAAAAUAUGGAAAGGUGGAUGUGGCAGAGUUGCUUCUUGAUAGAGGGGCAAACCCAAAUGCUGCAGGCAAGAAUGGACUCACACCAUUGCAUGUGGCUGUCCAUCACAACAACCUGGAUGUGGUAAACCUACUGGUUAGCAAGGGUGGAUCUCCACACAGUGCAGCAAGAAAUGGAUACACUCCUCUCCACAUUGCCUCCAAGCAGAACCAGUUGGAGGUGGCCAAUAGUCUACUGCAGCAUGGAGCGUCUGCUAAUGCGGAAUCCUUACAGGGAAUUACACCGCUGCACUUGGCUUCCCAGGAGGGUCAAGCAGACAUGGUCUCACUGCUAAUUUCCAAGCAGGCCAAUGUCAACUUAGGCAACAAGAGUGGCCUGACCCCACUUCACCUUGUUGCCCAAGAGGGUCAUGUGGGCAUUGCUGACAUCUUGGUCAAACAGGGGGCAUCUGUCUAUGCUGCUACACGGAUGGGCUACACUCCACUCCAUGUUGCUUGUCAUUAUGGCAACAUUAAAAUGGUUAAGUUCCUCCUGCAGCAGCAGGCAAAUGUCAACAGCAAGACACGGGCGGGUUAUACACCCCUUCAUCAGGCUGCCCAACAGGGCCACACUGAUAUUGUGACCUUGCUUCUGAAACAUGGUGCACAUCCAAAUGAAAUUACUACUAAUGGCACUUCUGCACUGGCAAUUGCAAAACGUCUCGGCUACAUUUCUGUGAUUGAUGUCCUCAAACUGAUUACUGAUGAAACAGUGACCACGUCGACCACUGAAAAACAUCGAAUGAGUUUUCCAGAGACAGUUGAUGAGAUCCUGGAUGUGUCUGAAGAUGAAGGAGUUGCACAGCUAACGCUAGGCGAGGAACUACUGGGAACAGAGAUUGCCAGGUAUUUGAGGAUGGACGGCAUGAGGGACCAUGAUGACGAUUUCCUUUUCUCCAAGAGAGUCACAGAGUAUGAGAGAGAGGGCUGGAAUGUGAUAAAUUACUCCCCAGCUAUUCCAAGGAUCCCCUGUGUCUCUCCUGAAACUGUCAUGCUGAAAGAACAUGAAAUGGAGCAGCAGCACACUAUUCCUAUUCCAAUGCCCAAAGAGUAUGAUGAUGACUCUCUGAUUCCAAGCAGUCCAGCCACAGAGACCUCAGACAAUGUCAGUCCAGUGGCCAGCCCCAUUCACACUGGCUUCUUGGUUAGCUUCAUGGUGGAUGCACGAGGUGGCUCCAUGAGAGGAAGCAGGCACAAUGGUCUUCGUGUUAUUAUACCACCACGAACAUGUGCAGCCCCAACACGCAUUACCUGCCGCCUGGUGAAGCCCCAAAAGCUCUCUACUCCAUCUCCUCUGGUUGAGGGUGAGGGUUUAGCUAGCCGAAUCAUCUCACUGGGUCCUGCUGGCAUGCAGUUUUUGGGACCAGUGAUUGUGGAGAUUCCUCAUUUUGCAGCACUUGGUCGGGGAGACAGGGAACUGGUGGUCUUGAGGAGUGAGAAUGGUUCCGUCUGGAAGGAACAUCGGAAUCGUUACGGUGACGAAGUGUUGGAGACUAUUCUCAAUGGCAUGGAUGAAGAUUUAGAAAGUCAAGAGGAGCUUGGGAAGAAGCGUAUCAGGCGGAUCAUCUCCACUGAUUUCCCUCUAUACUUUGCUGUGGUCUCCCGCAUCCAACAGGAGAGCGACUUGAUUGGACCUGAGGGGGGUCGUUUGACCAGCAAAAUUCUGCCAAUGGUUCAGGCCAGUUUCCCUGAAACAUCCGUCACCAAGCGGGUUCGCCUUGGACUGCAGGUGAGCUUGGAUGAGGAGGAUAAAGAAGAGUUAGGACUAAUGUCACCAUAACACAACAUUGAUUGACAUUUUAUGUCAUUUAAUCACAUGCUUCCGUUCCUUUCUUGUAAAUAAACCUAUACUGAAUAAAAGAAAUAUCAGAAAUUAACCUUUGAAUCUUUAAAACCUAAAAUGUGAUUACAGGUAUUUUCAUCAGGGUGGUUUUGUCGAGAUUCUAAAUUGGUGUGCUAUGAUAAGUACAGUGUAUUGGUUAAGUUAAAAUAAGAAUGUCAAAAUGAAAGAGAUCAUGAAUACGGCACUUGCAAUGCUAAAUACAGUAUGUGAGACACUGCAUGUAUAUUUGGCUCUGCUAAGGCUUAAAUGGUACAGCUGAAUUUAUUGCAACACAUAAUAAAAUGCUGAAAUGAUGGGUGUCAUUUUGGAAUUGCAAAUAUUUAUAUAACUACAAAUACAUAUUAUAAAAUGUAUUAACAUUAUAUCGCCAAAGGUUUGUGCACUCCUCACCAGCCCCACAUGUGCUCUUUGAACAUCGCAUUCCACUUCAACCUUGGAAAUGUCUUCCUGGAACAGAGAACAUUCUGUACACCUGUGCACUUUUAAAUUUGAGGAAAUUUUUUUUGGGAAAGAUCCACAUGUGUGUGAUGGUCAGGGUUCAUAAAUCUUUGGCAAACAUUUCUUCUGGACUGGAACAAAUGUAUACAUUAUUGUCUUUUUGAGCUGAACAGAGUGGUGGAUGAUUUAAACAGAAUGUUGGAAUUACUUUUAAAGAAAGUAAGAGUAAGUGCACAAGGAUUGACUAUGGUGUUUUUUACAUGCAUGAUGAAUAAUUGUAAUGUGCCUUUUUAAUAAUAACAAUUAGCCAUAAUGAAAUUAUUGAUGCUCCACAGACACAGGCUCUGCUAGUUUAAAAGUGAUCAAAUAUAACAUGGCCUCACUCUCUGAUUUCCUUUUAGUACAUGAUUAUAUACUGGGUUAGGAUUAGGUUAAAUCCUAGUAUUCUUCAACCCUGCUUCUGUAACAACAUGCUCAUACCAAAGUUUGUAUACGUUUUUAUGACCAAGUGAACUGUGCACUUUGCAUUAUUUCUUUUAUUUGUAAACAUUACUAUAAAAAAAAUAGUACCUCCUAAAUCAGUUAAAACUGUGCUUUGAAAAUUGAUACACAGCUGACACAUAAUUAUAUUUCAAGUUCUUUAUAAUAUAAUCAGGGUUCAAUAUAACAGGGUAACAUCUUUCUUUCCGUGUUAAUAAACCUUUAUAAUAUGAUUUGUUUAAAUGAAAACUUUUGUAACAAUUUCUUUUUAUAAUAAAUAUUCCUAUUUGACCAGUA